CCACAUAUUCGGACUCGAGACAUUAUAUGGUACCUACUUUUAACUAGUGUUACGUCAAUUCAAAUAUUUUCCACAUCUGCUUAAUCCACUGAACAACUCUUUAAUUGUGUCAGUAAGCUAUUGUUUUCAUUUUUCUCUGAAUAAUAAAUAUCGCAACGUAUGUUUGCUGUACAAUUAUUUAAAUACAUUUAUAGCUCAAAACUUGAGCGAUAUUAAGCAUAUGCAACUAAGGUGUCAAUAUGGAACGUGAAACUGUAGUUGUGAAAGGAACAACACUACCAAAAUCGUAUGAAUUAAAUAAAUUUUAUGAGUUUCCCGUAAGGGAUGGCGAUGUCUGGAUAUGUGGAUUUCCAAAAUCAGGGACAACAUGGACUCAAGAAAUGGUAUGGAUGAUAAUGCACAACCUUGAUUUCGAAGGAGCCAAGGAGGAUAUUCAUAUCAGAGUACCAUUUGCUGAGUUAUCAUGGGCUGCGCCACACGAUGAAAAUUCACCACACCAUGCUCGCGAUACCUUGGGCUUCAUCAAAAAGGAAUACGAAAAAGGUCCAGUAUGCCUGAAGACACAUUUACCCUGGCAGCUUCUACCGAGGGAUAUACAAGAAGGUUUGAAAAAACCAAAGAUAAUAUAUGUUAUGAGAAAUGCCAAAGAUCAGAUAGUUUCUAUGUAUCAUUGGAAUAAGAUGCUAUAUGGAUACAACGAACCCUUAGAAAAAUUCUUUGAAGGAUACCUUAAAAAUGAAUGUAAGUAAAAUACCAGCUUAAAAUUACAUAUUGGUUGAGAAGUUGACACAGGACUUUGCGAACCACGUUGUGAAUAUGUGUCAAUCCGUAAGCAGUGAGUUUGCAAUAUCUUUAACAUGUAGUGCCAAAAGGAUGAGAGGUCAAAUCAUUUUAAAAAACAAGCUUCCAUUUCAGUCAGUAGACAUAACUACAUACGAGGGAUGUCUUUUAAGUUUCGCAUAUGGAAAUAAAACAACACGGUAGGUUGUUUUAAAUGACUUUAUUGAUUUUCAAAGUAUUUUCCACGAAGGUUAAUACACAUCUGCAUGCGCUCGAACAAAUUUUCGAAGCACUUAUUCCACUCGAUUGCUGGCAUAUCCAAAACGGCAUUUUUGAAUGCGACAACUGCUUCUUCUGGUGACUGGAACCUUUGACCACGUAGUCUGUUUUCAAUUUUCGGGAAAGUAAAGAAAUCGUUAGACUAUAUGGAGAAU